UCUGGGGUUAAAGCUGUGAUAAAUAUUCUUGAAUAGGGAAAAUAAUUCACAUCACUAGCUUUCAGAUCCCUAUAUUCAUAGGCGAGAUGUAUUACGAUUGAUUUGAACGUUAAUGAAACACCACUGCCAGCCGCUGAGAAGUGUAAAUUAAUUAUGGAUGUUCCCCAUUUAUCACUGCUUUGCAAAAAAUUAAAAAACGUAAAUCAAAGCGGACUGUCAAGGAAUGAAAUGUGAUGUUUCUGUUAUCUAAUAUUUGCGCAUUAUCGCCUGGAAAUUUGUGAUAUUGACAAAAUUGCCAUUAAAUUAAGGACAGAAUAUGUAGGUGCUACCAGAAAGCAUCCCAUACAGUGAAUCUUAAUUUUUCUGGUUUGACUUGCCAUCCUUCAUUUUGAUCAAAUUCUUGAUGCUGUUGUUUUGACCCUUGUGCAUAGGGGUUUCUACAAGACGAAAGAAUAAAGCCGGAUGUGUGGAACAAAGGAUUACAUAAGAGACAAACUCUUUCCUCUGCCCAUCUCCUAUGUGCCCCACAUUUUGCCUUUAUUGGAAUUACACUGUUUGAAAAAAUUAUUGAUUUGUGUUGCCUGUCACGGUGACCUUGUCUGCCAUUGAGGAUUUCCAUGUGGAACGAGCUGAACGCAUCUACGCUAUACGACUGUACUUAUUUCAUUCAAUAAUCACUCGAAAAAUCGACUGUAUCCCAUAAACAACUACGAAUGAGUGACACCUAUGUUAACCCAACAAUGACGCCCUGGUGAAUAGGGUCUACACAGCUGGAUGGGUUUCCAUCACUUCAGGGAAACCCAGGGAUAUGAUGCGUGCUCUGGUACGGAGUCAGGCUUCACUCCCCGAUGUACGCGACCUGGCCUGUAGGCUUCCUUGAGCAAGGAGCCCCUAACCCCUACCUGCUCCUUAAUGACAUGCAUACGAAAGGACUUAAAGCUGCUUUAGAUCUAAACGUCCGCUAAAUGACUAGAUGGUACACUAGAUGGUUCCUCCACACAAUGAGUUCAGGGGUGACAGGGGUCACAGGGGUCGUGUGGUGACCCCUGGUUCUGCCGUUCAGCCCCGGACCCGGCUGGGUCUGUAUGGAGGGCAUAGACAACAAACGAUUUCAUAUUCGGUAGUACAUUCUGUGGUCUGGGAUGAACCACCCACGCCAUAAACCCCCUGAUAUCCAGUUCACCCCCCUGGAGGGCGAAUGGAAAAAGAACACAGCAUUGAUUUAGCGAGUUGGCUUCUAUGAGUUAACUGAAGCGUUGCAAUGGACCAGGGAUCAUUCGGUUCUCCGCUCCAGCACGGACGGAACCUGGAACCAACUGAUAAUUUUAUAUUUCAGAGUUCAUAAUCUUUUCUAAAUUGGUUUUUCAUCAAAUUACAGCGAUGGAUUAAAAGGGUGCCAGGGCUUUGGUUGUCAUGGGAGUACAGCCAGAAGGGCCUCUUAUUUUCAUAUCCAAAAUGAGCGCGGGAUCUGUGUGAAAGAUGGGAGACUGGAACUUCCUGGGCGGGAUCUUGGAGGAGGUCCACAUCCACUCCACCAUGGUGGGCAAGAUCUGGCUCACCAUCCUCUUCAUCUUCCGCAUGCUGGUCCUGGGCGUGGCGGCGGAGGACGUGUGGAACGACGAGCAGUCCGACUUCAUCUGCAACACGGACCAGCCCGGCUGCCGCAACGUGUGCUACGACCGCGCCUUCCCCAUCUCCCUGAUCCGCUACUGGGUGCUGCAGGUCAUCUUCGUGUCCUCCCCGUCCCUCGUCUACAUGGGCCACGCCAUCUACCAGCUGCGCGCCCUGGAGAAGGAGCGCCACUGCAAGAAGUCGGCGCUGCGGCGCGAGCUGGAGGCGGUGGAGGCGGAGCACGCGGAGGCGCGGCGCCGGAUCGAGCGGGAGAUGCGGCAGCUGGAGCAGGGCAAGCUGAACAAGGCGCCGCUGCGGGGCUCGCUGCUGCGCACCUACGUGGCCCACAUCGUGACGCGCGCCCUGGUGGAGGUGGGCUUCAUGUCGGGCCAGUACCUGCUCUACGGCCACCGCCUGGACCCGCUGUUCAAGUGCGAGCGGGAGCCCUGCCCCAACCGGGUGGACUGCUUCGUGUCGCGGCCCACCGAGAAGACGGUGUUCAUGAUGUUCAUGCAGGCCAUCGCCUGCAUCUCGCUGUUCCUCAGCGUGCUGGAGAUCCUGCACCUGGGCUACAGGAAGCUGAAGAAGGGCCUGCUGGACCACUACCCCCACCUCAAGGACGACCUGGACGAGUACUACGGCAGCAAGUCCAAGGGGAACUCGACGGCGCACCAGGUGUGCACGGGCGCCUCGGCGGGCCGCAAGCCCACCCUCCCCACCGCGCCCAGCGGGUACACGCUGCUGCUGGAGAAGCAGGGCAACGGGCCGACCUACCCCCUCCUGAACACCUCCUCCGCCUUCGUCCCCGCGCUCCCCCCGGAGCUCGGCGGGGGGGCGGAGCCGGGCCUGGGGAGCCGCAGCGCGGCGGCGGCGGCGGCGGCGGCGGCGUUGCCCCGGUCCACGGAGCAGAACAGCAACUCCAACAACACGGGCGGCGAGCCGCGCUCCCCGCCCGCGGACAAGCAGGCCCCGCCCGAGGGGCUUCUGGCCCGGGGGCCGUCCCUCCCCGGGGACACGGAGUGCGGGGGCUCCGAGUACCCCACCCUCCCCGUCAGAGACACCUCCUCGUGCCCCUCCCUGGCGGGGAACCCCGUGAGGAAGCUCCGCCGCGCCAGCCCGCCCUGGAACUGCUCCACGGUGCAGGAGGGCAACGUGUCCGACAGCGGGGACUCGUACCCGGGGAACGUCCACGGGAAAGUCCGGGGCUCCUCCUGCGGGCCCCGCACCCGGACCGUCGCCAAGUCGGAGGCCAAGAGGCCGAGCCGGUCCCAGAGCCCGGACUCUGUGGGAGAGCUGAGCUCGGCGUCGCGGCACAGCCGGGAGAGCAACAGCCCCCCCGCCGCCUCCUCCCCCAACCGCCGCACCUCGGGGGCUAGCAGCGCUAGCAGCAGGAGAGCCGCCACUGACCUGCAGGUGUAGCUGCCGACCCCCCCACCCCCCCCCCCCCCACCCCC